AUGACGAGCGCCCUGGAAGAGGCCCUGGAGCAUGCGGGCAAAAAUGGUAAGGCAGACGAGGGGGAGUCGGUUUCAACCUUCGUGGCCUCGCUGGCGACGGCUUUUGUCGUCUUUGCAGUCGAAUUCUGCCUUUUCUUGGUCCUCAAAGGCAAACUGACUCGCAUUUAUCAACCACGCACAUACCUUGUUCCCGAUCGAGAACGUACUACACCAUCGCCUCCCGGUCUUUUUCGUUGGGUUGUCCCUGUCUUCCGAACUUCUAGUGCCGAGCUCAUCCAGAAAAGCGGCCUGGAUGCAUACUUUUUUCUGCGUUAUCUACGCAUGCUGUUGAAGAUAUUCCUCCCUCUUGCAUUCGUCCUUUUGCCAGUCCUCAUUCCUAUCAACCGUGUGGGUGGCAAGGGUACAACAUAUGAGAAUGGCACCAGCGGAGAGCGCUGGGAUGUUACUGGCCUUGAUCAACUGGCUUGGGGAAAUAUUAAACCUCAGCACACACACCGUUAUUGGGCCCAUCUGGUCAUGGCGAUCCUUGCAAUAGUGUACAUCUGCGCCAUCUUCUUUGAUGAACUACGAGGGUAUAUUCGCAUGCGACAGGCCUACUUGACUUCUCCACAACACCGACUACGUGCGUCCGCAACCACCGUGUUGGUCACGGCUAUCCCACCCGAGUGGCUCAGCGUUGAAGCCCUGGACAAUCUAUUUGAUGUCUUCCCAGGCGGAAUUCGCAACAUCUGGAUCAACCGCAAUUUUGAUGAACUUCUUCACAAAGUCCAAAGGCGAAACAAGGUUGCCCUUAAGCUUGAGGCAGCUGAAACUUCCUUGAUUCGAAAGUGUAAGGAGGCUCAUCUCAAGCAACUCAAGGCAGAGGCCAAGAAGAACAAAAAGAACAAGAUCAAGGUUGAGGAUGGAGAAAAGAUGGCUAUCGAUAAACAUGCAUCUCAAAUGGCUAUGGGACCUGGUGUAAGCUCCGGUAACCCACAUCAGGCCCAUACGUUGGAGGAAGAACUACAUCGCGAGCCAGAGGAACAUGAGCUCCAUGCCUCGGGUGUUUCCCGGAAUGGCAUAUUUGAUCCGGCGAAAGCAGCGGCUGGGGCGGUUGGUCUAGGUGUUGGGAAGUUGGGCAGAGGCCUAUUGGGUAGUCUCAAGAAGGUGGAAGGUGGCAUUGAUCACACACUGACUAGAAACGGAGGAUUUGUCGAAACCAUCGAUGAUGGAUUACCGCCUCGCCAACAAAAACCCGCGGGGGGCAAUGCUUACUCUCCAGCCGACACGCUUGGCUCCGAACUCAUGCCACCCACCCCCAUGUCAGAAACACCCGAGCCUGCACAGGGGAGCAGCGCCAUGAAUGGAGAUGGAAAAUCCCCACCCAAACGACCAUUUUGGAAAUCUCGCAGUUCAUCUCACUCCAAGCAUUCUAAGCAUGAUACAGAGCAGGAUGAGCACCCUCUCACUGCACCCGAUACCCCUGUUCACGCCAAACGCUGUGAAUCCCAAAGUCGAAAUGAGAAGGCUAGCCAGAACAAAGACCACAAAGAAGAGGCGCGUGGAGAGCGGUACCCGAUCGCAUACGACGAGAAUUUCAAUGAAGAGGAAUAUGGUGAGCCUUUGUGGAAGAAGUACAUUCGACACAAGGAUCGAAAAACAUGGCGUCUCCCUUGGUUUAAGUGGAGAAAAUGGCCAACAAUUUGGCUUAUCGGCAAAAAGGUUGAUACGAUUGACUACUGUCGGAAAGAGCUUGCCCGUUUGAACUUGGAGAUUGAAAUUGAUCAGCAGAACCCUGAGCGUUUUCCAUUAAUGAACUCGGCGUUCAUCCAGUUUAAUCAUCAAGUCGCCGCGCACAUGGCUUGUCAGUCAGUCAGUCAUCAUUUGCCUAAGCAGAUGGCCCCACGAAUUGUGGAAAUCUCCCCCGACGAUGUGGUUUGGAGUAAUAUGUCUAUAAAGUGGUGGGAGCGUUACCUGCGUACUUUUGGUAUCAUCACAAUUGUCUGUGCGAUGGUUGUUGGGUGGGCUUUCCCUGUUGCGUUUACCGGGUUGCUGUCGCAGCUAUCCUACCUGGAAGACGCUUUCUCAUGGCUAGCCUGGCUUCGCAAGCUACCAACUUGGCUCAUUUCAGCUAUCCAAGGUAUUUUGCCUGCGACUUUCCUGGCUAUAUUGAUGGCACUGCUCCCUGUUAUCCUUCGGUUCUUGAGCAAGAAACAAGGUGUGCACACGGGUAUGGCCAUCGAAUUGACUGUCCAAAACUACUAUUUCGCCUUCUUGUUCGUGCAGCUGUUCUUGGUCGUCACAGUAGCGUCCAGUUUCUCGACCAUUAUUGAGAACGCUACCGAUGUUGCCAGCUGGCCGACACUUCUGGCCUCGAACAUCCCCAAAUCCAGUAACUACUUCUUCUCCUAUAUGAUUCUGCAAGCAAUGUCCGUCAGUGCAGGUGCCCUCAUGCAAAUCGUUAACCUCAUUGGCUGGUUUAUCCUUGGUCCGAUCUUGGAUAAAACCGCCAGGAAGAAGUGGGCUCGCACAACCAACUUAAAUCAAAUGCAAUGGGGCACCUUCUUCCCCGUGUAUACAACCCUGGCUUCAAUUGGUAUGUAUAAUUUGAAACAUCUACUUGGCGCAAAAUUUGUGCUAACCUUCUGUCUAGGGUUGAUCUAUAGUGUGGUUGCACCUCUCAUUCUUGUGUUCAACGUCAUCACUUUCGGCCUCUUCUGGUUCGUUUAUCGCUAUAAUACGCUUUAUGUCACCAAGUUCCGCUUCGACACUGGGGGUCUUCUUUUCCCUCGUGCCAUCCAUCAACUUUUCACUGGACUCUAUGUCAUGGAGAUCUGUUUGAUCGGAUUGUUUUUCCUGGUUCAGAAUGAAGAGGGGAAUGCGGCUUGCAAAGCCCAAGGCAUCGUCAUGUGUUUUGUUCUUGUGCUUACCAUUGGAUACCAAAUACUCCUUAGCGACGCAUUUGGGCCGCUGGUCCGGUAUCUGCCAAUCACCUUGGAAGACGAUGCUAUUCGCCGAGAUGAGGAGUUCAAGCGCGCCCAGCAUGCUCGCCUUGGACUUCCCAUGGAUGAUGAAGAAGAUGAGCAUGAGCCUGUUGAUCAUGGCAUUCCGCAACCUGAGGAUAACCAGGGGCGAGACAUUGAGCUCAAGCCUUUCGACACAGACCAAGGGGGUCUUAAUCAUAACCAUUCCAGCGAUUUUCUCUCGACGCCCAAGCUGGGUAGCAAAAGACCGUCUUGGGCUUCUCGGUCAUCGGGCCGGCGGUCCAAAUUCUUCGGGGCUAACUCUGCAACCUCUACUCCCACAAUCAAGGCCCUACGAGAAAAGAUGGCACAUGAUGCUGAAAAUCAAGGGCCAGCCCCCACCAACCUUGGACAGUCUCUCUUUGCUGGCGUUCAUGAUGAAUUGGAGGAUCUGACGCCUGAUGAGCGCGAUCAACUGGUGCAACGCGCAUUCCAACAUGAGGCCCUCCGCGCUAAACGGCCGGUGAUCUGGAUUCCUCGUGAUGAUCUUGGAGUAAGCGAUGAUGAAGUGUAUCGGACACAACGAUUCAGCAAGCAUAUUUGGAUUAGUAACGAGUACCAAGCCCUGGAUGGCAAGGCUCGGACUAUCUACAGUCGCAGUCCACCGGAUUUCUCAGAGGUUGAUCUCAUUCAACUAUGA